AACUAAAUGUUUUUGAUUAAAAAGUUUGAUCAGUUCAAAAAUUAGUUUGAGGUAUUCUUCCGGAAAAAAGUGACUAUUCCCUGAUUCCAGCAUCUUUAAUGUAAAUAUUUUCUUCUUUUUUUUUUUAUUCAUCUAUCACAGUAAAUUGAAAAUCUUUGGUUUACGGACAAAAGAAGGCAUUUGAGGACGUCACCGACACAGUCUGACAUUUUAAAGACCGAACAACGGAUCAAUUGAUAAGCAGAACCCCCGGCAGAUCAUUCGACCAUGAAAAUAUUCAUCAGCUGCAGCCCUGGUGGAGCCACUUCAAGCAAAUAUGCCACAAAACAUCAGAGAAAAACACCAAGACCCCCUGACAAAUACAAUAAAAUAGUUAAUAAAUAACUCCACAAGAGGAAUAAAAUACACAACAUCAACAUCUGCCCAGUAUUUUAUCAACAGCAGCUUAGAAUACUUCCAUAGCAACGCAGUACCCACAGUUUGGCUUGCGUGGUUGGCACUAAACUGACGACAGAAACGCUUAUUUUACAUUCUCAAGUGACAUACACGGAAAACAGCAGUCACAAAAUAUCUCAGUUAAAGUCUCUUCAGAUCCAGCAAGGGAGUUUGUAGUGCUGAUAAAAGGUGCAACCGCAUCAGAAACCAACAGAAGCUGUUGUGGAGACUUGAGGAGUCUGAACAACUCACCAGGACACUUGUUUCUGUUUUCAAUUUGUCACACAUCUGCAUGGAGCCAGAUCCAACUUUUCCUUUUCUUUUUUUUUUUUUUAAACAAUCUCAGUCCAAUCUUUUACAGGUCUGCUGAGGCGGUGACUCACACACACACACACACACUUGAAAUAUUCGUGCAUGAAAGCUUCAAACAGGACCAGACUCUUGACAACCAUCCCAAAGUUCCUAGUGUUGCGACUUUCGAAAGCAUUUAAUGACUGUUUUUGGAAUAAAGUUCUUGCAGACAGAUCGAGCUGCCAAAUUAUUGCUGGAACUAACGAUUACUUUUCAUUAAUCUGCCGAUUAUGAAUAAUGAAUUGUCCUGGAGGACUUUUUUUGUCAGAGGCUAUUUACUAAAGUGAUUGCACAGCCUACAAAAUGUCAAAACAUGGUGAGAAAAAAGUAUCCUAUCCUAACAGAAUCAUUAAUAUUGCAGCUGUUCGGCUUGUUGUUGCAGCGCUUGUGGUCCAGCAAAACUGUUCAUUUACAUUCCCACCACUCAGCUCGACUGAUUGUGAUGUUGGUCGGCCUGCUGCUUUGUUUGAGAUCAGAGCUCCUGUGUCACUAACAAGUGUUACUAAGCAUGUGACUAACUUUCAAACCUGACUUCCAAGUGUAUGCCGCUUCUGUGCAAUGUGAAGACAAUUACAUCCGUAACACAAACCAGACAAGUGAUUCUGUGGAUUAAUCAAUGCACGUAUCAUCCAUGCAUGAGUGAACUGAGGUCUGAGAAGUCAGACACAUCCAUCUGUGUUUACAGUCACAAAGGCGAAGCCUGCACACAAACACAAACUGGAACUCAGUAUCAAAGAGUGGCAGCAUCACAUGCUGUGCUGCAGUUUGUCUAUGUUUAGUUGGAAGGCCUUUGCUAAAUGUAUACUGGAAACUGCAUUCCUGCCUUAAAACCUCGGAUUAGCAUUGUCUGCAUCUAUUAUCCUAAUCAGACGGAGGGGGGCCCUGCUGUCUCAAGGGGGCACAGCCAGUCUCCAGCAUCGGUCUUGGUAGUCAAAUGACAUCUGAGUAAAUCAUCGACAGUAACGAGACAAACCGUGUGGAUGUGGCUGCUUGAAGUUUGCAAAAAGAAGUGUAACUUUUUUGUACACAGCAGCUGGUGCGCAAGAGCAGCAAAGAUCCUACUCAGCGCUUCAAACAGUUUACCUCGGUAAAAAAAGAAGGGAAAAAAAAACAAAAAACAGAUCAACAACCUACUGAAAACUGCUGAAGUGAAAGUUGACAAGGAAGUUGUUAAUCCGGCUCUGGCACACCGGAAAGAUCACACACAUUUUUAUAAAAGAUGCAGAGAGCCGUGAUCUGUCAACACAACACAAGCAUCACAGUCACCGUUAUCCUGAGACCAAACCCUCUCAUGGUGUGUGUGUGUGUGUGUGUGUGUGUGUUUCUAUUCUUGUGAUAGAGAGGAGGGACAAAGGGGAGCAGGAGAUAAAUAUUCUGGUACUUUCUUCUCUCCAUCACUUUGUGUCUGCCUCCACAGCAUCAACACAGGAAGACCAAAACGAUUGCUCAAGAGAAUAAACAUCAGAUUAAUCAGCAAAAACUGGGGAGCUGAAAUAGCCAAGAUGCCUGAGAAAGCACUGGAGAGGAAAUCUAAAAUCUCAGCGUCACGCAAGCUCAUGCUGAAGAGCUUGAUGGUUGCAAAGGCUAAAGAGGAGCUGGAGCAGGAGAUCGAAGAAAAAGAGGAGCAGAAGGCCAAGUACCUGGAAGAGAAAUCUCCUCAUCUACAGACCAGUGGCAUGUCCUUAAGCGAGCUGCAGACAUUAUGUCAAGAGCUGCAUGCCAAAAUAGAUGUGGUGGACGAGGAGCGGUAUGAUAUUGAAGCCAAAGUCCUGCACAACAGCAGAGAGAUCAAAGACCUGAACAUCAAGGUACUGGACCUGCGAGGGAAGUUCAAGAGACCCAACCUGAGAAGGGUGAGGGUCUCUGCCGACGCAAUCCUGCGCUCGCUACUGGGCUCCAAACACAAGGUCUCUUUGGACCUGCGAGCUAAUCUUAAAUCAGUCAAGAAGGAGGACGUAGAAAAGGAGAAGGCGGUGGAGGUGAGCGACUGGAGGAAGAAUGUGGAGGCCAUGUCGGGCAUGGAGGGCCGCAAGAAGAUGUUUGACGUGGAGAAGGGUGCUAACCAGUAGAGGGUCCAUACAUAAAUCCAAAAACUGUUGAAUACUUGGGAGGGCCACAGACAAAUCUUUGGUAUUUUAUUUUCAGUACAUUUUCCCUUUGAACACCCGCAUUUUCUGUAUGUUUUGUUUCAUUUUCACUGAAAUAAACAGCAUAUGCAGACUCCA